AUGGAUAUUACAUCCCGGAUAGAUAUCGCUAGAAGUUUGGGUCGGAAUGACUAUCAGCUCUCGCGUUUACGCCUUGAACAGCAGGAGGCCGAGCAGAAACUGCUGUCCAUCCAACAAGAAAUCGACCGCGUUCGCGCUGAACGCAGCCGGCUGGAAGGAAUGCGAUACAGCCUCGCCGAUGACCUCUGGUUCGAGAUAUUCGACAUUCUUAUUCUGGAUGAAGACCCGCUGGAGCUCACUGGUGCCGAAUUCACCGAAGCAUACUACCGUCCCGUUACGCUGUCGCAUGUCUGUAAGGCGUGGCGCGAGCUUAUCCUGUCCGGUCACGGCAGACGAUACUGGACGAGAAUCCUCUUCCGUGGCCCAGUUUCGAGCAAAGGAGCAAUAGGACCCCUCAUAGCUUUCGCAAGACGUUCGGCACUCCCGUCUUCGGAGUCCUUAAGCUCGCUGAAGCCGCCCCGACUCGAUCUGGUUUUCAUGCCAAGUCAACAUACCCUACGCGAUCUUCAUAUUUUGAAGGAGCAGAUCGAUUUUGCUCUCUCUACGCUCGUGUUUGAACGCCCGCCGUGGAAGUCCAUUGCCUACGAGGCCCAAGACCCUGCAUGUAUAGGACGGCUGAUUCGCAGCUUGUCGUCUUUCUUCCCCCGUCUGCUCUCGCUGCGUCUCGCUCUGGCGGCGCCCAGCUCCGGGCUUAUAUCCGAAGCCACCGGGGAGACGAAGGUGUUGAUGUCCGGACCGUUUCACCUAGAAUCUCUUCAUUUGCAGCAUAUUACGCCACUAAGAUUCCCGGUCGGCUUCUAUGCGAGCCUACGACGGGCUACGCUCAAGUAUCCCGGGCGUGAGCAGCAGCUAUCUUUGUCUCACCUCACGAAGUUUUUAAAGAAUACACCUGUCUUGGAGAGUCUAACGCUUCAUGUUGCUCCGGCGUAUGACAUUCUUAUUCCGAAUCCAGUCCAUCAGCUGUUCGAAGGCAAUCAUCCAAAUAAACCUGUUUUGUUGCACAAUCUCAUUGAACUAAAAUGGGGUUUCCUGCACCCGAAGGAAGUCCACCAUGUCCUCCUGUUUUUGUCAACUCCAUGCUUACAGUCCCUCACUCUAUACCUCCACAAUACCACCGAGGACUACGAACAGGCGAAGACCCUCUUCCUCGAAAAGCCUCUCAAGUACGAUUCGCUCAAGGAGCUGCACCUCCACUUCGUCGAGGCAUCAGCGAUGGUGUGGCGGCUGCGGAGCAUGAUCUUCCCGAACCUCGAGCGGCUCAGUAUCGAGAACGACGACUUCGACACGGAGGAGCUCCCGGACCUGCCCGCGUUCUCCUCGCUGCUGCACAUCCCCGUGAUGCCGUCCGUGACGCACCUCAGCCUGUUCCGCGUCCGUCUCCCCGUCGACUGCAUCGAGCGGGCCCUGGCGUGCAUGCCCGCUGUCCGCGUGCUCAAGCUGGAAUCGUGCCGCGGUGUGAGGAAACUCCUCGCAAGCCUGCGCGUCGCGACGGUCCUCGUCGGGAAGCCGGCGCCGGUGUAUCCCUUCCUUGAGGAGCUCUCUAUCAUCAACAUCGCGGACUUGCAAUUCGAGGGCCUCGCCGCGCUCAUCAAAGAGCGCAAUACAGAUAUCGCACGGCCGGCGGGUGAAGCGUCCGCCACGCCCCGGGUGCUUGCUACCCCCAGGAAGAUAAAGGCUCUGCGCAAGGGCGUGACUGGAUCUCCUGUGCGGUCGCCGAACGUGACCGUACCCAAAGAUGUUUUGGACGAGGGCGAGGAGGUACGGCCAUUGAAGAUCACCAAGGUAGAUGUGCGUGGCUGCCCCGGCGUGUCGCGGGAAGAGCUCGAAUCGCUUUGGGACCUGGGUGUCGAGCUGGUGUGUGGUGACCGCCGUGGUCGGUGGGUCACGGAAGUGACCUGGAGGAGCUCUUAG